AUGGACGUACCGAGCGCAGUGCAGGGUCACCAGUUGGCGCUACAGUGGAGACGCGCCUUUUUUCGAGCGGAUGCAACGCAUCUGGAGAACGCUGCGCUCCGGAAGUUUUAUGAGCGUCAGAAUGAACUGCUCGAUCAGUACGUGUCUUUGCCGACAGCCCCGGCGGAUGCGAGCUGCUGGCCAGCGGCAUCAACGCCAAACCUCUCGACAGAAGCGCCUGAGGAAGCGAAGCACCUGCUGACUGCGGAGCCAACGCCCAGCGUCUCCUACACGAGCUGCACGUCGACCGAGGAGCGUCCAGGGACCGCGGUGAUGCCUCCGAACAAGUCGCAGCACCAAGGAGUCGACACCGAAGACUACGCUCGACGCGCGAUCCUUGCAUCCAACGGAGCGAACCUGCUGCUUCUCCUUGGGCAGGCGUAUGCCUACGUGUCCAUGCAAAGUCUCGCGCUGUUGGCCAAUACCGUGGAUGCCGUCCUCGACUUUUUCUCUGGUGUCAUUAUCGGUCUGACGUGGUAUGUGCGCCACCACCGACACGAUCGCACCACUCGCUAUCGAUACCCGGUCGGUAGGACGCGGCUCGAGUCGGUGGGUGUGAUCCUCAUGGCCGUUCUCAUGACCGCACUGACCUUGAAUGUACUGACGCAGUCCAUAGAGUCGCUGGUGCUGUACGUGAGCGGCUCGGAACGGUCAUCAACAGUGCACCCAUUUACCCGCCCAGUGCUCAUCUGGAUCGGUGUGGCCCUGUUGAGCAAGGCAGCGCUCUUCCUCUACUGUCGUGUAUCUGUGCAGGACUCGGUUGCAGCGUUGGCUAUGGACCACUGGAAUGACUGUCUGUCGAAUAUGGGUGCCCUGAGCGCUGCUGCUCUGGCGCAGUGGUGGCCGCCCGCAGACCCUCUCGGUGGCAUGCUCAUCUCUGCUUUUAUCCUACGCAACUGGUGGCGGCUGACCUCACGACAUCUGGAUCAGUUUUUGUCGCGCUCGGCAUCCUGUAGGCUGCACUCUGUGGUAACUUUUGCAGCGCUUUGGCAUGAUUCGCGGAUUCGAGCGAUCGAUCGUGUUUGUCUGUACCACGUGGGUCCAGCAUGCUUUGCCGAAAUCGAUAUUGUGCUGGAUCCGCAGAUGCCGCUGGUUGUUUCUCAUGACAUUGGGGAGUCGCUCCAGGCCCGCAUUGAGUGUUUGCCUUACGUGGAGCGUUGCUUUGUGCACUUGGAUUUUGAGACAGCCCAUCGGACGGAGAUAGAACACCAAUGGCCCGUGUGA